AUGGCGAUGAAACAACACUGUCAGCUCCCAUAUGAACUCUUCGGAAUGAUUCUCCAGUUCUGUGAUACACCCAAUCUCAAGAUAGCCUCCCUCGUUAAUCGGGUUUUCUUCGAGUUAUCUCUCCCUCAUCUCUUUCGCUGCGUCCUUCUCAGGAGCAGUGACUUCGUCCCUGACGCUGACGACACGUCGGAAUACCUCACUGCCCAAACCCUUCACUCUAUCAUCGAAUCCCGUCCCAUAAUCACCGAAUAUGUGCGAAGCCUCACGAUCGACAUAUCGAAAGACUGGCUCCAAUUCCAUGUGAAUAGUUGGGUCAUGGAAGACACAAUCUUGCAGGGGCUUCUUCCUCGUCUCCAACAACUGAAAGAGAUUUUGAUAUAUGGCCAGCCGACCAUAAAUUGGGGCGACCUUCCACAACAACUGAGGAACUCGCUACAGACUGCUGUUCAAUCGCCUCUUCUCCACACGUUUGGUAUUGGGGGUAUUUUUGGAUUUCCUCUGAGGAGCAUCUUGUGUUCUCCGUCGAUCAAGCACUUCUCGCAUUCAUCUAGUAUGCUCAUGCUUGAUGCUCGUGAAGGAGGGACUCAUACCCCAAGUACCUCUCGUUCUCGGAGACCUCUAGAUUUGCAAUCGUUGAGCCUCCUGGAAACUUUGACCAUCGACUGUCACGUACUGAGGGCUGCCUUUGUCUUGAAUCAUUUAGUGGAGUUCAACUUCUCUCUCAAGAAGUUCGAGGGUAUGAGCCAAUAUGCUCUUAUCAUAAACGCUUGCGCGCAAUCAUUAGAGAUACUUGGUAUUCAAGUUGACAGAUUAGCAGUCACUCCCAUUACCACCCCGUUAUUUGGCCCCGACCUCACCUUCGAAUUCAGUUAUGAUCAAGAUUUUCCAGUCAUGGAUUUGAGCCAUCUCCCGAAGCUUCGAAAAUUAACAUUCAGCACAUACAUCGAGGGAGACUUCCACCAAUCACCAGCAAUCAGUAUCGAUGCGACUCCGAUCCUGCUUUCAGAUAUAUCACUUCCAGCAAACUUUUGCUUUGCAUAUCCAUGGAAAGAUCUGGUCAACGCAUUCUUCGCCCCAAAUCUAGCCGAAAUCAAAUCCUUCAAUCUCAACUUCAACACCGUCACGACCCGCCCUUACCGCGAGAACUUUAUGACUGCUUUACAAAAUGACGCACUGUUGAGAUACACCGAAGUAGCACCAUGA